AUGGCUAAAGCAUUGCAGAGCCAAAAUCAUGUGGGUUUACCAUCCACUACUGAGAAAAACCCCAGAGAUCAUCUCAAGGCUAUUAAGUUGAGAAGUGGGAAAGCAUUGGAUGAUCCAUAUGCAGGACGUGCUACAAUUGAGGCGAAUAAGGAACAGUGUGAGGGUGGCGAGCCUGAAAAGGUAGUUGCAAAACCACCUCCACCACCUCCUUUUGUGCCAAAGGUUCCAUUCCCACACAGAGUGAUGAAGCCGCAAGACACUUGGAAGUUUCACAAAUUUUUUGAAACUUUCAAGAAGCUGCAGAUAAACAUCAGUCUGGCAAACGUAUUGAGAGAGAUGCCGCACUAUGCGAAGUUUCUCAAGGAGAUCAUCACUAACAAUCGGAGUUGGGAUGCAGAGGGACCAGUACGAAUGACGGAAAACUGCAGCUCAAUCAUAUUGAGCAACCUACCGACCAAGCUCAAGGAUCCAGGGAGUUUCACUAUCCCUUGUACUAUCGGUAGCAUGCAAUCUGUUAAUUGCCUUUGCGAUUUAGGUGCUAAUCACUCUCUGAAGAAGCCACAUGGGAUUGUGGAAGACGUCUUAGUUAAGGUCAACAAAUUCAUAUUCCCUGUGGAUUUUGUUGUCCUUGACUACGUAGCGGACAAAGUUCUUAUUGAUGUUCAUGAUGACAAGCUGACUCUGAGGAUUGGGGAUGAAAGCGUCGAGUUUGACAUGAGGAAGAUCACACGCCAUCCAAAUUUCGGAUGA